AUGAAAUAUUUUCUUACGAUAGGGCGGGUCCCACCGGUGGGACCUCUCGGGUCGAAUGUGUUAAUAUCAGUUGGUGAUAGUAUUUAUUAUUGUUUAACAACAUUUAUAUCACAACCAAAUUAUCUUUUACCAAUAUUAUGUCAUUAUUUAACAACAAAUCCAUUAUUAUCAUCACCAUUAUUAUUAUUUAUUAUUUAUUCAAUACAUAAUACAAAAAUAUUAUUUCAAGCAUUAAAUCAAUAUAAAUUACUUGAUUUAUUAGUUAAUAAUUUAUUAAUAUAUUCAAAUUAUUUAACAAAUCAAACACAAAUACCAUCAAUACAACGUAUUUAUGAUCAAAGACAAUCAUUAAAUAAUACAAUGGAUAUUGGUUCAAUAAAUUUAUCAUCACAAUGUCAAAUAAUAUGUUCAAAUCCAAAUGUAAUAUCACCUAAAAUAUUAUUACAAUCAAAUAAUAAUCUUCAAACAACAACAAUAAAAUCAUCAUCACAUCGUUUACAUUCACCACCAUGGUCAUAUACAUAUUUACCAAAUGAACAACGUUGUACAUUAACAUUACAAUUUCCAUAUGCAAUUAUAUUAAAAUCCAUACAAAUAAUACCAUUUACACAAUUAUCAAUAAAUCAUUAUACAAUUAUGGAUCAAUUAAAUACAAAUUUAACACAAUAUCCAUCAUCAAUAACAUGUGAAAUAUCAUCUGAUGGUUAUUAUUUUAUACCAUGUUCAUAUUUAUUAAAUACACAAGGACAACAAAUAAUUAAUUUAUUAUUAACAAAACAAAUUGAUAUUGUUAAACAAUUACGUAUACAUUUUUAUAAACCAAUUGAUCAUGAUACAAUUGAUUUACAACAAAUAUCAAUAUAUGGUUAUUAUGCAUAUGAUCAACAAAUGAUUAUUGAACAAACAAGCCAUCCAUAUCAAACAUUAAUAUCAACUGUUUAUGGUAAACAAAUAUUAAAUAAUAAAAAUAAUUUAAAUACAACAAUAAUAACAACAUUAAAUGAUGAUGAUAUUAAAUUUAUGUAUUCAUCAAUAAAAUCAACAACAACAAAUAUAAAUUCAAUUGAUAAUACUCAACAAAUAUCAAAGAUAUUAUCAGAUAAAUAUCGUUCAUUUAAUCAUUAUUUACAAUUAAUACAUUUAUGUUUAAAAAAUUUAUUUAAUAUUAAAUGA